AAAGUCGGGAGGAUACGGUUUCAUAAUUCUUUGGAUGUUCUUUGUUCACCACCAAAAUGUAGCCUACGAGAAAACAGAAUGAAAAGGUGUCCCCGUCUUCAUCCACACCCUAAUAUAACCAAUAUACAAACACUUUGCCACAUUUCAGCUGCAGCAGGCUAAAGUUUAGUCAUGGAGUCAAACGAGUAUGACACUGAGAAUAAAUCCAAAAAGAAACUGAGUUACUACAACAAGCGAUUGCUUCUUCUGCUUUUAUUUUCGAGCAUUUCAAACCCGUAUAUAAUGCUGCAAAGUGUUGUUCUACACUACCAACCACCUCUGCACUGCGACAUAAGCGAAAUUCAGGAAAAUUUAAACAAUCUGAACAAGAGUCAUCUUAAUGCAACUGUACCGUGGAUUGAAGACAGUAAUGGUGGCAUUGUUAGAAGCUCAUGUUCGAUGUACAAUGUUAGAAAUAAAAUGAAUAUUUCACUUAUACAGUCAGGUAAAGAUGAUGCAGUACAAUGUAAAAAGUUCCAUUUCGAGGGAGUUGAAACAUCGGCCACCACAGAGUUUCAAUUGGUGUGUGAAAACGCGUGGGUUCAGCCGUUGAUGGUUUCUAUUUAUUUCGCCGGCAAUCUCGUCGUUUCAUUAUUCGGCAGUUAUUUAUCAGACAGGUAUGGACGAAAACCUAUAUUUCUCGUAUUCACCUUCAUUCAAUGCUUGUCUUGUGUUAUAAUGAGCUUCAGUGAGAGUCUGAUCACUUAUGGUACAAUGAUGUUUCUUUCUGGCGGAGCAAACCUGAUCAAUUUUACGACAGCUGUUAUUCUAGGGUGUGAGAUUUUACCCCAGAGUCACCGAUAUUAUGUUUAUUUAUUUCUGGAGCUUGGUUUUUCCAUUGGUUACUUGACAGUACCAGCGAGUGCAUAUUUCUUGCGUGAUUGGAGAUGGUUCUUACGCUUCAGUGGAAUGAUCAAUAUUCUGUACAUCCCAUAUUUCUGGUGGUUGGACGAGUCUCCAAAGUGGCUUCUUGCUACAGGUAAAAUUCAAAGUGCGAAAAAGGUUUUCGCGAAAAUUAGAAAAAUAAACAAAGAAUCACAUACUGAUACCACCAAGUCUGAACAAAUUGAAAGUAGGAAAAAAAUUGAAGCAAUUUCAACCGUAUGGAACACUAUGCGGGAAAUGUUAAAACAUCCAAGCUUGAUAUGGAGACUGGUGGUAAUAACAUCUGGAUGGGCUGUUGUGAAUGUUAUGUAUUAUGCAAUAGCGCUGAAUACUAACAAUCUUACUGGUGAUCGCUUCCUGAAUAUGCUGUACGGUGGAAUAGCAGAAAUUGUCGGGGUGUUGUUAUAUUUCUUCGUUGUUUCCAAAUGGGGAUGCAGAGACUGCUACUGCGCAAUCUUGUGUAUAGGAGCUGUUGUACUUGCAGUAACACCACUGUUCGCACUAUGGAAUCCAGUCGUCGUUACAAUAUCGACCAUGUUUUGUAAACUAUGCACAUCAAUCUGCUUUAACAUUAUCUUUGUUUACACACCACAACUCUUCCCCACAUGCAUUCGCAACUUUGCUACCGGUAUUUCAUCGGCGGGUGGUAGAAUCGGGAGUAUUAUAUCUCCAUUUGUUAUGCAUGCAGGUGGAUCAGGGAGUUCUGUUGUGCCUUCCAUUGCAGUGGCCGUCGCUGCUUUGGGCUCAACAACGGCUGUGUUGUUUAGACUUCCUGCGAUUCAAACCGAAAAUUUGCCUCAAACCGUUGACGAAGCGCUUGCUAUGAAAAGUGUCUUCAGUAUACCCUGCUUCAAAAUAAGAGACGUCACAAAUGCUGUUAUUACAAAUGACGAACAAAAUGAUCAAGAUAAUCAACGAUUUCUGACUGCACGGAUUUAAAUAGAUCGCUGCUGGUGCAUUUUUGGUAUACACGUAUUCAGAAUUAUUUGCGCCAUAGUUAAUCCAGGCAUUGUCAAUAUGUGUAGAUUCUGCCAGGCGAUACAUUUAUUGUGUUUGGUGCAUGGUGUAGGACUGUUGAUUAUACACUAAGACAAAAUAUAAACUAGAAAUAUAGCUUCAGUUGCUAGCGUACAAUAUCCUUCGUUAUACAUCGAGUAAAUUCAGCGUUGCUGUGCGGACGGAUAUGUGGCGGAUAUGUGUGAAUUAUUUUCGUGUAUUGUUGCAGUUCGACCUAAAUAUCAAUUGUUUCCUUUUUCUUGUUUCCUCCUGCUUCGUCCGCUUACUUAAACAAGAAUGUAACUUAAACUAGAAUGUAACUUGUUUAAUUCCUUCGUCGUUGUGAAAACGACACUCCUUAUAAAAAAGGUGUUUUGUAUCAUGCGCUUCAUCGCCGCCUGAAUUUCAUUUAUUUUAAUCCGUUAUUUUUUGUCAUUUAUAUACCCAUGUGGCUGUGUUGGAGAUAUUGUUGCAUUUAUAAGUCGAUUUUUAUUGUGCGGCGCAGUGGCUUAGUGAAAAGCGCGGAGGUUGCGGAUUCAAGGUUCGCAAGUUGUAAUUUUUGCAUUUAUGAAUAUGACAAACCAAUACUAAACAAGAUGUGUUAUGCAGGUAAUCGUUUGAAUACAUAAUCCCAUUAAAA